ACCUCUAAAGUGGAAAUAGAAAGAUUAAUUCCUAAAUUUCUGUCCGUUUAAACGUGACCAAACUUGGGGGCUGGACGAGGAGUUGCAACAUUUCCGACAGCAAUGAAAGGCAACAUAGAAGGCGCGCUCCACUGACGGCUGCAUAGACCUGUCAGUUACAGGAGACCACUCAGAUAGUGGGGCACUGAACGCACCUGGACCGUGUGGAACAAGAACCGUCCAGUUCGGUUUCUCCGUUACCGUCCAACUGUAACAGUAGUUCUUCUCUUUUUUGAAUAAUACUACUCGUCGUCAUAAUAACUUGUUUCAGUUUAAAAACGACUCGGGAUUCACUUCUGAGUGUCACUCUGCCAUGAUGCACGGGCUAGCCAGCUAACGUUAGCCGGAAAACUAGCAUCCACUGUUUGGGGGAGAGUAGCGGUGUCCGAGCUCCUUUUCUCGGCUGUGUGUGGUUGACUAAACCGGAUUAAACAUGGGAGAAAGUAACUGGAUCACGGAGCCGUUCCGAUAUCUCCAAGACCCCCACCUUGUCGCCCGCUUCCAGGACAUUUGUGGGGUACGGGGGACGUUUUCGAGAACUGUUUGUGCUAGUAGUACAGCCACCACCAGCAGCGGCAGCAUCAAGGAAGCGGACCGGACUCGCUCGCACAACAACGGGGCUUGCCAUCAUCACAUCAACGGGGAAAAUGAGAGUGACAAUUUGGCCGUCAUUGGAGCUGGUGAAGGGGAGACAGUACAAACGACAGCGGUGGGGGUUCGGAAGAGGAUUACCGAGUCGAAUGUUGUGAUAACCCACGGGGAGGAAAGUGAAAAUGCGCCCCAGAAUGGGGCAGUGAUGUCCGCAGCCACCGCCGGGGGAGAAACGGUUGGUGUGGGCAGGAGCAGUCGGAGCUUUGCCGGGGCUGCAGCCGCUGCUCAGGGCGGCAGCAGCGGAGCCGGGCUGGAUUCUUCAGGGGCAACCGAGUCAGAGGGGAGCGAGAAUGGCGGUGAAGUCCCGGGUCGCUCGCGGAGCAGCACGGUGAAACCCCUCCGCAGAAACUCUCUAACGGGCGACGCCGGGCAGGAGUUCCUGAUCGAGAACCGCUUCUUGUACUAUCUAUUCACUUUCGGAACCGAGCUGGGCAACGAGCUCUUCUAUAUCACCUUCUUCCCCUUCGUCAUCUGGAACCUGGACGCCUUCGUGGGCAGGAGGCUGAUCAUGGUCUGGGUCUGGGUCAUGUAUCUGGGACAGUGCACCAAGGAUGUGAUCGGCUGGCCACGACCCGCUUCACCGCCGGUGGUCAAAGUGGAGAUGUUUUACAACUCGGAGUACAGCAUGCCGUCCACACAUGCUAUGUCGGGCACAGCCAUCCCCUUCUCCCUGUUCUUCAUGACCUACGGCCGGUGGGAGUACCCGUUCACACUGGGCUUCAGUCUGGCUCUCUGCUGGUGUCUGCUGGUCUGCGUCAGUCGAAUCUACAUGGGGAUGCACUCAGUCCUGGACGUGAUGGUCGGCGUCCUGUACAGCGUCUUCAUCCUGCUCUUCUUCCUCCCAGCCUUGGACAAGAUCGACGGCUUCAACCUGACCUGCCGCUACGCCCCGCUCAUCAUCAUCUCCCUCCACCUGGGCCUCGGCCUCUUCUCUUUCACCCUGGACACCUGGAGUACCUCGCGGGGCGACACCGCUCAGAUCCUGGGCACGGGGGCCGGCGUGGCCCUGGCCUCCCACGUCAACAACUACCUGGGCCUGCUGCCUGACCCGACGCCAGACCAGCUCCCGUUCAUCAUGCCCGCCCUCAGCGUGGGUCUGGCGGGCACGGCCAUGCUGCGGCUCGUCCUCGGCGUCCUGGUGCUGAUGGCCACACGGGCGCUGAUGAAGGCCAUCACCAUCCCGCUGGUGUGCCGGGUGUUCGGGGUGCCCAGCGGGGACGUGAGGAAGGCCAGGCAGCACAUGGAGGUGGAGCUGCCCUACAGAUACAUCGUCUACGGGGCGGUGGGCUUCAACGUGCUCUUCCUGGUCCCGCUGCUCUUCAGCUACAUGCAGCUCUCCUGACUGGAUGUUAGCUCACAGUGACGUGACCCUCCAGAUGUUCACCCAAUGCUGUUAUCAGAUCAGUUUUGCUACUUCUUUGCAUCCAAAACCACUUUCCUAACCAGAGGCAGCCGGUUUGGGACUGAUGAGGGUGAAUUAAAGCCUCAGCACUGAUCUGCAUGCUGCCUUUUUUAUCUGUUUUCUAGUUGUUGUUUUUUUUCUCUCCUGUUUGCUCAGAGUAGCGCUCAGGAUGGACGACACAGGAGCAGCUGAUUACUUCCAACAGCUUCCCUGAGUUUGUCCUGAUGGCCAGGAAAUCUGGCGAGUGAUAUCUGUUCUGUUCUUUACAUUUAUUUAAAAUCAAAUCAGCUGGCUCCACCUGAUCCCAGGAGACACUGUGGCGGCUCAACAGCAGCAGAGCCGAACAUCCACUCCUCCUCUACCAGCCUAAUUCAUCUUAAAGCAAAACAAAACAAAAAAAAAACAAAUUAACAGUGGCCUCCGGAAGACUACAAACGCCACUGAUUGCUACUGAUAGAAGACCUGUGUCUUAUCAUUUAUAUUUUUAUUAAUGCUAUUAUUAUUAUUAUUAAGAGCUCAGACAAAGAACCAUGAAGGUAAGAAGACUGAAAAACUUCCAGCAUUUAAAAGCAACAUUUCACAACAGUGCAGGGAAUUCACAGAAUGUUAUUUUUACCAGAUCAGAAGUGUAAAGUAGCUUCUUAAAAACAUGAUAGACAAAUGGUCUAAAUUGUCAUUUAGUUUGAAACCCAAAGCAAGAAGCUGCAACCAGAGAAAGUUCAGAGUCUGAUCGAUGAUCAGUAUCAACAGCUCAGGUUCGUGUGUUCAAACUUUGUUUGGUUCUUCGUCUGAAAGCUUCUUAAUAUUAAUAUUUGAUCCUUCCUCUCUUUUGUCUCACCUCUCAAAACAAUAAGAUCCCUGUGAUUUUAUAAUUCCUUAUUCUAAUGUAGAAAGGUUCCUCUUCGUCCUUCCCCCCCCC